UGCAUGAAGUGUUUUCGUGCUGCAGCCCCAACUCGCCUGCAGAGUGAUAGUCUCCGAGGGGUAAAAGCGAGGGAAGAAGCGCAGUUAAACCAGGAGGAGGUGGAGUAAGAGGGGGAUCCUUUACAUCAGGGAAGACGCAGGAGAGAGAGAGAGAUUGGUGGGGGGGAAAAAAUAAAGGAAGCCCUGACAGAAUAGAUCAGGUGUCCGCGCUAAGAGAAACCAGAGUCGCCUCUCUUACGCUGGAAAAUGGAGCUACCCGCCGCUGGAGAGCACGUCUUUGCGGUGGAGAGCAUCGAAAAGAAGCGCAGCAGGAAGGGGAGGGUCGAGUAUCUGGUCAAGUGGAGAGGAUGGUCUCCAAGAUACAAUACAUGGGAACCAGAGGAAAACAUACUGGAUCCAAGGCUGCUAGAUGCUUUCCAAGAUAGGGAACGUCAGGAGCAGCUGAUGGGAUACCGCAAGAGAGGACCCAAGCCUAAGCACCUUCUUGUUCAGGUGCCAUCAUUUGCCAAGAGGUCCAACUUUCUGGCAAAACUUCAGGAGGCGUCCCUGGAAGAUGACAGCUGUCAGAAAUCCAGCCCUAUCCAGAUGAUACGCCCCCAGUCCCAGCAGUUCCAGCUGAACAAUAAGAAGCUUCACCAGUACCAGCCUCUGAGCAGGGAGCGUGAGGCAGAGCAGCAACCCAAUGGCAAGAAGUUCUUCUAUGAGCUCAACAGCAAGAAGCAUCACCAGUAUCAACCUGACCUGAAGUCACAAGAGCCUGUUUUCAGCAAACCCAGAGACAUACAAGCUCCAGAGCUGGCUAACAAAGGAUAUAACCUCCCAGCAGUGUUGCAGCAAAAGUGGGUUCGGGACAAGGACUCGGGCUGUCUGACUAAAGUGAAGGAUAUUACUAUGGAGCUAAAGAAACUUCCAGCUGACCUUAACGGACAAAAAGAGCCAGAGAGGAUAAAACCUAAAGAGGACACCUCUCCACAUCCCAACGGUGUCAGCAGCAGUAAACUAAAAAUUGUUAAGAACAAGAACAAGAACGGGCGGAUUGUCAUUGUCAUGAGCAAGUACAUGGAAAACGGAAUACAGAGCGCUAAAACCAAACACGGAGACUCUGAUGGCGCUGAAAGGCCACUGCAAGGUGCAGACAGCAGCAUGGAGAGGCACCUGGCAAAAAUGAAGCUCGUCAAAAAGCUUGGCCUUAUGAACGGAUUCCCUAAGCAACCCAAAGACAACCUGACCCCUCCCGGUCCGGGAAUAAAUGGAGAUUGCUGCAAAGAGAAAGAACUAUCCCCUCAAACAGAUCGAACUGUGGCCGAACAGGAUAAACCCACAGCGGUAGGGGGCGAGGGGCAGUUUCCACAACAUCAGCCUUUACAGCUGACAAAUAAGCCCGACCUACUACAUGUACCCCCAGAGAGAGGGGCCCUAGACUUUAGAGGUACCCAGAAUGGGCUUCAUGGACUAAAGCGGCACCUCUCUGAUGCAGAUGCUGAGGAACACGGAUGCAGUAAGAGGUUAAUAAGUAACAAAAGCAUCAGUGUUCUCAACACUAUUCCUCCUCCCUCCCAGAGCCCUGCGUUCGACCAAAACGGACUGAGUCCCGCUUUACUGCAGGACUAUCGCUACGCAGACCAAGAGGAGCCCAUGGACCUGAGUAUUGUAAAGUCGAGGCCCGUAUCCUCAGUCUUUUGCGAGACUGAGCCGGAGACACAAACCGAGGAACAUGUACAAUCACACGACACACCAACACAGACAGACACAAAAACAGAGAGCCAGACUGAGACACACAGCCCCUCAAUGGAGGAGCGAGUCGACUCUGUGUCUGGUUCCCCCCACCAAGCAAAAAAAGAAGAGGCCUUUCCUUCUUUCCAGCCUAGCCUUGGGAAUAUAGUCAUCACAGACAUUACUGCAAACUGCCUCACCGUUACCUUUAAGGAAUACAUAACAGCAUAACACGGCUGGGUACCACCUGCAGGACAUAUUUGUAUUUUCUGAUUCCUGAAUGUGCAGAUCAGGCAUUAAUGUUUUCAUUUUGUAAAACUCAAGAGUUCAACAAGAAAGACUCUUUUACUGCUUUUCUUGUAUAUUUUCUAAGUACAAGCCCAUCUGUUGGUAUUUUCAAGUUUAAGCCUUAUCUGAGCUGCAAAUUGUAAUCAAAUAAUUGAUUAAACUAGCGUAACACGCACUUACAUUUGUAGAAAGUUUUUCAUGGAUAUAAUUGGAUUUAUACACUCAGCUGUCUAUGGAUAAUAUUGGAUAAAUGUAGGCUUUAAAGAGAGUUUUUGUAAGGGAAAAAAUAUAUCUAAUCAAGGUACAAUACACUGUGUCAGAGAGUGUGUGUAUGUAUGUGUGUUAGAGACUGGGACUGUUUUAAACAUGAAUGUGUGCUGCUUGGAUGUUGAUGAUGCCAUUAGGCAUGUUUAGACGGGCAGAUAAAGACAAAUUAAGCACCUUUACUGUCAAUGUGUGUCAUAGAACCAGAAGAAAGGUGACCAUCAGUCAUGAUCACCUAUUGUUUCGUUUCAGAACCUUUAUGCCCCCUAUGAUCUUAAACUGAGCACAAGUCACUUCCGUUUAGUUUCCAGCAUCUGUUUAACCUACUAACGGGGUCUUCUUUUAGUGGGAGUUCGGGCACAAUCAACUUUGGGGGGG